AUAUAACAUCGUUUUUAAAUUGCCUACUAUGAUAAACUAAAACACAGGUAAAAGUAAAUUUAAAUAGUUCUAGAAUCAUCAAAAUGGGAUUGGGUACCUGCUACUCAAACACUGGAGUUAACAAUCAAUUCGAAUAAAGUAUAAAUAGAAACAACUCCUUCAAUUGUUUUGACUCAUCCUGAAGGAGAUGUAAAAAUAUAUGUAAAACUUUUUAUAGGCUUAUCCUGAACCAUAUGUUACUUUGGUUAUUGAUACUGAGAAACAAUUAAAAUAUUCUGAAGAAUUAGGAUGGAAUUGGCAUAAGAGCUGGAAUUUGCCAAAUAUUGUUGUUAGAUUGGAAGUAAAGACUUUUUCAUAUGAAAUAGAUCAAAGAUUCACAAACAUAAGAACUUUUACUAUCUCCUAAAAAUUUAUUUGCUUAAUUAUAUGCUGUUAAGAAAGUGUAAGACGGAAGUCGAGUGAUACUUUAAGAUGUAGGUUUAAGAGGAACAAGUAAAUUAGAACUGAUUGAUGGUCAAGCAUAUUUUUCAGUAAAUUAAUUUAUAAAAUCUUAUUGUAGGCUUUGAGAUUCGCAUCAACCUCUUAUAAUAAUGAAGGUGUUAAAUUUCAUUUAUUAAUGAGUGUUUACAUUCAAAAUUCUGAUACUGAAAAACCUUAGAUUUUGAAUUCAACUAUUUCUCCUCCUAUAUUUGUAGAUAGUCGAAAGAGUGCUGGUAAUUCUGAAUAAAAAAAAGUAUAUAUUCAUGCAGAACCUUUUACUUUUGAUUUAUUAGAUAAAAAGUAUUUUAAAAGAGAGAAUAAAAGAAAGACUGAAUAAGAUGUAGAAAUAGAAAAUGAUUUUGAAAGUCUUUUUAAUUACUUAACUGCUCCUAACAUUCGUCACAAAGUGAAACAUCCUCUAUUUUUGAUUAUUAAAUUUUCAUCUUGUGUUUCUCUAUACUACAAUCCUAUGACUGUAGAGGGAAAUAUUAAAAUAAUAAUGGAAAAAUUAUAGAGUUAAUUAACUAAAGAUAUAAUAACUAAAUAAUUGAAUACAACUGGUGAUAAAUAAUUUUAUUUAUUGAUUGAGGAAAAUAAUGAUUAAAAUAAAAAUAAAAAGGUAACUGAAGCAAUAGAUUUUCUAAACACAGGAUGUUUAGAGAUUGUAAGAAAGGAAGAUUAAAUACCUUCUAAAUUUAUAAAAUUAGGAGAUUCAUCUGAAAUCUUAGAAAACUAUAAAUAAUGUUUUGAUUAAUUAUUAAAGAUCUUUAAACAAUUAACUUAGAAAUUCUGUGAGAGUGAUUCAAAUGAAUCAGAUGACAAUUAUUCUGAUUCAGAUUUACCUUAACCUCCAUAACCUCAAUAAUAAUAACCUCCACAAACUAUUCAACCUCCCUAACCUAUUUAACCUUCAUCCCCUUCUAAGAAAGUUAAACUAAAUCCUGAAAAUCUUCAAAUACAAUCAGAAAUUAAGAAUACUAUCGAUAAGAAUCCUAUCAAUGAAAUUAUUGCCUAAACAAUCAAUUAAUAAUAACAGAAACCUAUUUAAAUAUAACCAUAACCACUUAAAAAUUAAUAACCUACAAUAAUAAAUAAACCAAAUAUUUCUUAAGUAGCACCUAAUCAAAAUUCAUCAAAUAUAUUACAAUUCAAUAAGAAAUCACUUGUAUAAUAAUAAUCAUUUACUACAUCUUAACCUCCCUAAUAACAACAAUAAUAAACAUCUAUUUAGGAUUAAUCUUAUAGAAGAUAAUAGACUAUUCCAGCAAUCUAACCAAUUAAUCCACCUAUCUCUUAAGGAUAGUAGGGAGCACCUUCAUCCAUAAACCCUGGAUAUCCUUAUUAAUUUCAAUAACCUCUUGAUUAAUCUAGUUUAUUUCAGUAAUACUAAUUAUAAUUAUUACUAUUGUAAUAGUAAUAAUAAUUAAAUUAAUAACCAUUUCCUCUUUAAGCAAGUAUGAUGGGGAAUCCAAUUUAACCUUAAUUAUAAAAUUAUAUGUCAAAUUUAGGUGGAAUGGGAUUAAAUUAAGGAUAAAUCAAUCACCAACCUUUAUUGAAUUAAAACUUUUAAUAAUUUUAACAAUAAUUUUUAGCUUAACAAUUGACUUCCUAAUUGGGACUUUAAUCUCAAUUGCCUUAAUAAUUAGGAGCUGGAAUGGGUUUAAAUCAAUUAUAGUAAUAAUAAUAUCUAUAACAAUUACAACAAAUGGGAAUGGGAAGUUUUCCUAAUUUUAAUCCAAUGAUGGGUUUAUACUAAGGAUAAUAGCAUAAUUUAAAGAAACCUGGAGAAGGAUAAGGAAUAAUAAAAUAAGAGCCAUAAUGA